AUGUCGUCUUCUCUCGAUCAAUUGAAGGCCACUGGCACCGUCGUGGUCUGUGACUCUGGUGACUUUGCCACUAUUGGCAAGUACAAGCCACAGGAUGCCACCACCAACCCUUCCCUGAUCCUCGCUGCUUCCAAGAAGCCCGAGUACGCCAAGCUCAUCGACGUUGCCGUUGAGUACGGCAAGAAGACCGGUAGCACCGUUGACGAAAAGGUCGACGCCACCCUCGACCGUCUUCUCGUUGAGUUCGGCAAGGAGAUUCUUCAGAUCAUUCCCGGCAAGGUCUCCACCGAGGUCGAUGCCCGCUUCUCCUUUGACACCAAGGCCUCCGUUGACAAGGCCCUGCACCUCAUCAAGCUCUACGAAUCCAUUGGUAUCUCCAAGGACCGUAUUUUGAUCAAGAUUGCCUCGACCUACGAGGGUAUCAAGGCCGCCAAGAUCCUGCAGUCGGAGCACGGCAUCAACUGCAACUUGACCCUCAUGUUCUCCAACGUCCAGGCCAUUGCUGCCGCCGAGGCCGGUGCUUUCCUCAUCUCGCCGUUUGUCGGCCGUAUUCUCGACUGGUACAAGGCCGCCAACAAGCGCGACUACACUCCCCAGGAGGACCCUGGUGUCAAGUCGGUCCAGAACAUUUUCAACUACUACAAGAAGUACGGCUACAAGACCAUUGUCAUGGGUGCCUCAUUCCGCAACGUUGGUGAAAUCACCGAGCUUGCUGGCUGUGACUACCUGACCAUCUCGCCCAACCUUUUGGAGGAUCUCUUGAACUCCACCGCCCCCGUCCCCAAGAAGCUCGACGCUUCUGACGUUGCCUCUCUUGACAUCCCCAAGCGCGCCUACCUCGAUGACGAAGCUCUCUUCCGCUUCGACUUCAACGAAGAAACCAUGGCCGUCGAGAAGCUCCGCGAGGGUAUCUCCAAGUUCGCCGCUGACGCCGUUGUCCUCAAGGACCUUCUCAAGGCCAAGAUCCAGGCUUAG